AUGAAAAAACAUUUCACCACAAAACAUAACGGUGAUUGGAGAGAAUAUGUUAAGAAUAGAAAAUUUAAUGAAAAGUUACUUCUCGCACAAGAAAUUGCCAAAAAGAGCGUAAAGAAACCUGAUACAAGUGAUCCGAUUCGAAAACUUCAAAACACCAAAUCUGUAGAGAAAAAAAAUAUUAGGGAAACAAAAAUGUUAAGAAACCUUAUGUUAUCGUUAAGAAAA